GUAGGCAGCGGCUUAGCUCUGCCCCUGGCAUCGCUGAAGUCCAUGGCCGACGGUUACCACUCACCAUCAGGUGGGCCGUGCGCUCGUCUGCCUACAAUGGCAAUUAAAAAAAAAGAGUAUAGUUGUAAGUUUUCUAACUGUAAAUUGGUUUAAUAAGUGCAUUUCAUUAUUUUUAUUUGACGAUCUCGGACGUUUCGAAUAGACGUGUGCUUGAUUACAGACUAGAAAACCGGUCACCGUCCUCGGUAAACUAACCCAUAGACACAGCCCACUGAGUUUCUAGCCGGAUCUUCUCAGUGGUUCGCGAUUCCGAUCCGUAGCGAUUCAGCGAAGCACUGCUCUUGCUAGGGACGAUGAUGUUAGCAAAGUAUCCCAGGCUGAGCCCAGUGAGCUCGCCUACACGUUCGAUUAAAAUCAAAGACUAAUUACACAAUCACAUAAACAUUUGCCACUACAUCUAUUAUAAUUCUUUGUCUCAUUAAAAUAUAGUUUUUGUUUUUUUUUCCGGACUGUUACAAACGAGUCUAACAACACUGCACAAACAAACUGUAUUGUCUAUUUUCUCUUCACUGUUAUUCGAACGACGUCAAUACGUGGGUAAUUUAGCAACUUAUAUUUAUGUAAAUCAUUUUGAUGCCAUAUUAAAAAUAAAAAUCUAAAAGUAACUUAACAAAUUAACGUUAAACGUUUAGUAAAAAUGUUAUCUCUAAAUUAUUUCCAUUCCCUCAUUCAUGUAUACUAACAAUAACGCGAUUUAUAAUAUUUAAC